ACCCGCCUAUCGCGCAUGCGUUCCCGGAGUACGAUCGAUGAUCCGAGCGUCCCGUUCAGUGAUCGCGCGCUCGUCACCCAGUCCAGUGCACAAUGCGUUCGAAUUGACGCGGGAAACACGCCAAACUGUAUCUCCGCGAGUACGCCGGCGAGGAGGAGCGGCCGCCGUGCCGGGAGGAGUGGCGCCGGCAGGAGUGGUCGGGCACGCGGAGCCGCCUGCCGCAGGUGGACCGUAGCCCGUCCCGCCGGAGUCCGUACCUCGCGCGCGACGAUGAGCCCUCCCCGGCCCCUGACGAGCGCGGCCGCUCCGCUUCGGCCGGGGCACAUCAUCGUGCACGACCGAGGCCCCUCCGGUACCAGUCGCUCGAACGCGACUACGACCGCUCCUACGCGCCGCCGCCGCCCCCCGAGGAUGACUAUUACCGUCGCGAACCACCCCCCCUCUUCCUCGGCGAGCUUCAGUCCCAAAACUCCGACCUUCAACGGGAGCUGGGCAACCUUAAGAAAGAAUUGGAACUGACGAAUCAGAAGCUGGGCUCCAGUAUGCACAGCAUAAAGACCUUUUGGAGCCCAGAGCUGAAGAAGGAGCGGGCGCUGAGGAAGGAAGAAAGCGCCAAGUACAGCCUUAUUAAUGACCAACUUAAGCUGCUCAACCAAGAAAAUCAGAAACAAGCAAUGCUUGUAAGGCAAUUAGAAGAAGAACUCCGCCUUCGUAUGCGCCAGCCCGCUCCUGAACUACAACAACAAUUAGAGGCGCUUUACGCUGAAAACGAACACCUUCAGAGAGAGAUAGCAAUAUUAAGAGAUACUAUUAAGGAAUUGGAAUUGCGGAUUGAGACUCAGAAGCAAACAUUACAAGCGCGAGAUGAAAGUAUCAAGAAAUUAUUGGAAAUGUUGCAAAACAAAGGAAUGGGUAAAGAAGAGGAAAGACAAAUGUUCCAGCAAAUGCAAGCAAUGGCACAAAAGCAGUUGGAUGAGUUUCGUCUGGAGAUACAAAGGCGGGACCAGGAGAUCCUGGCCAUGGCGGCAAAGAUGAAAGCAUUGGAGGAGCAGCAUCAAGACUACCAGCGUCAUAUAGCCGUCCUUAAAGAAUCGCUUUGCGCUAAAGAAGAGCAUUACAGCAUGUUGCAAACUGACGUGGAAGAACUUAAAGCUCGUUUAGACGAAAAGAGUAGAAUGGUAGAGAAGAAAACAGCAGCAGCCCUUGCAGCUGCUCAUGAACUCGCAGAAUUUAGAGAUCACUCUGAGAUCAAAGAUAGAAAGAUAAACGUGCUGCAACGAAAGAUUGAGAAUCUUGAAGAUCUUCUGAAAGAAAAAGAUAAUCAAGUAGACAUGGCCAGAGCUAGACUCAAUGCCAUGCAAGCCCACCAUUGCUCCUCCGAAGGCGCCCUUUCCUCCCUUGAAGAAGUCAUUGGCGAUAAAGAAAAGCAAAUUCAACAACUUAGAGAACAGAGAGAUAGAGCCGAACACGAGAAAAAUGAAGAGAGAGAACUACAUGAAAGAGAAAUAGCUGAUUACAAAAUGAAACUUCACGCUCUCGAAAGUGAAGUGGAAAAACUAGGAGCUCGAUUGGAAAGAGCUCAAGCAGAAAAAGACAGGCUUGAAGCUAAAUUAGAAAGCUCUCAAUCUGAGCUCGGAAAGUCAAAGGCUGAGUUAGACAAAGCUGCAAGUGAAGUUGGUCGAUCUGGCGCUGAUUGGGAAGCAGCGAAACAGCGCUUAGCUAGACUCGAACUUGAGAAUGAACGCUUGAAGCAUGAGUUAGAGCGAUCCCAAACAACUUUCGGUAGAAGUACAUUGACAACAUCUCAGGAAUUAGAUCGAGUCCAAGAGAAAGCAGAUAAAGUGUCGGCAGAAUUGAGAAGGACUCAAGCAGAGCUAAGAGUCACACAAGCAGAUGCAGAAAGAGCUAGAUCCGAAGCUAGUGCGCUUCAAGAUAAACUUGAAAAGUCACAGGGUGAAGUCUACCGCCUUAAAGCGAAACUUGAAAAUGCACAAACCGAACAAGACAGUCUGAAGGAAGAAUAUGAUCGUGUCCAAUCAUCUGUCAGUCGUCUCCAUUCCGAACGUGACAAGGCAACAGCAGAACUAGACAAGGCAAGAGAAGAACUAGAAAGAACUCAAGCUACUCUCGGCAAAGCGCAAUUACAACAAGACAAGCUACAGGCGUCUCUUGAUUCCGCACACUCAGAGAUUGAUAAACUUCAAGAAAAGUUGGACAAAUCUGCUGUUGAAGUGAGAAAGUUGCAAGUGGAUCGCGAAAAAUCAGCAUACGACUUCGAGUCCCUUCAGUCUCAACUCGACAAAGCCCUUGGUCAAGCCGCUAGACUGCAAAAAGAGAGAGACACUGCUCAACUAGAUGCUGAUCGGUUUAGAGACAAGCAUGAGAAAGCACAGGCUCUCGUAAGUCGUGUUCAGAAAGAAAGAGAUGCAGCACUAGCUGAAGGUGCAAGUUGCCGCGAGCGUGCCGAGGCUGCGGCUGCAGCAGCUAAUAGAGCAGCUAGAGAUAGGGACAGUGCUGCAACUGAAUUAGAUGUACUCAGAGAAAGAUGGGAAAAGGCACAUCAACAACACCAGAAAUUAACGAUGGAAAGAGACGAUGCCCUGACAGAAUUAGAAAUACUGAAGGAGAAACUUGAUAAGGCCCUAUACUCUACACAAAAGACCAUUGAAGAGAAAGAAAUUGCGCACAAAGAAUACGAAAAAAUGCUUGAAAAGUAUGAUAGAUCCCAGAAUGAAAUCUACCGUCUUCAAAACAAGAUAGACAUCCUUGAAGCCGACAAAGAUCGCCUUGAGUUGGAAUUGGAGAAAAAUGUUCAUUUAUCAACCAAAUCUAGGGAGGACGCAAGGAAGAUGCAAGACGAACUUGCUAGAUUACAGGAAAUGUAUGACAGGGCUUCAUUACAACUUGGAAGAACUAAAGAACAAGAAGAGAAAGCUAAAGAAGAUAUGGACAGACUAAGUGUUGAUAUUGAAAUGGUACGAGAACGUUACGAAAAGGGCCAAAUAGAGCUACGAAGAUUACAAGCUGAAAAAGAAAAACUGAUAGCUGAUAGCGAACGUUUGCAAUUCGAAUAUGACCGAGCAAUGACUCAGUGUGGCAAAGCUCAAGCGUCGAAUGAAAAAACUCAAGAGGAAAUGGCAAGAGUACAAUUAGAGCUUGAAAAAAUGUACGACAAACAUGACAAAGCAUCUUCAGAAUUAAGAAGAGUUCAGGCAGAAUUAGAUAAAGUUAAAAACGAUGCAAGUGGAGCAAGGGAGGAAGCCGAAAGAUAUGCAGCACGAUAUGGAAAAUAUCAUGAUACUAAAGAAGAACAUGAAAGAACUAAGCUGGAGAUGGAACGUCUACGCACACGACUAGAGAAGACAAAUCUAGAAUUGGAGCGAGCGCGGAAGGCUGAGGAAGAAGUAACCCGUCUACGCUCGGAGCUCGAACGCGUCGAAGGCCUCCGAGGUAAAUACCAAUUCGAACAGGAUAAAUGGAGUACAGAAAUAAAUAGACUUCAGUCUGAGCUUGACAAAACACGUGAACGCUACGAGACGUCACAGACUGAAAUUCAACGACUGCAAAGUGAAAAGGAACAAGCUGAAACUAAAUUCCAUGAGUUAAAUAUACAGCUUGAACUUUCUAAAAGUGAGGUAGCUAAGUUAAGUACAGCGAUGGAAAAACAACGUACUGACCUUGAACGGGCUCAUAUUGAGUGUGAGAAAUUUAGAGAUCGGUGUGAGAAAUUAAAAUUGCGUUCAGAACAGUUGGAUAAAGAUAAUGAAAGACUCAAAGGUGAGUUGCAACAGAUCGAAAGGAUGAAAUUACAAGCUGUCGCUGGCGACAAAGCAAGAACUGAAGACCGGCUAGAAAUCGAACGUCUUCGUGACAAGUUGGAAAAGGCUAUUCAAGCUAGAGAUGCUACAGAAAUGGAAGCAGGUCGCUUAGCUAAGGAACUUGAAAAAUCACAGAUGCAUUUAGCUAAAUAUCAAGAGACCAAUGAAACAACUCGCGUAGAAUAUGACAGAAUGACUAAUGAGUUAGGUAGAAUGCACGAGCGUUUGGAGCGCACAAUUCUUGAAAUGCGUCAAAUCGAACAAGAAAGAGAUGCACUUAGAGUUGAGAUACAAAAUACUAGACGUAAUGUUGAACAGCAACAGAGAACUCUAGAUCAUAGAACGCAAGAAACUUUAGUGAAAUUGCAACAAGAAUUAGCGCAAUCGGUAAGAGACCGAGAAAAAAUGGCAUCCAUUUUAGAACAAAGGGAUAAACAAGCAGAUGCAAUUGAAAAACAAAUAGUUAAACUAGAGGCAGACACAAAGCAAUUGACUAUCGAACGUGAUCAGUUAGUAGCACAGUUAGAGAAAUCUCAGGACAUGUUAGUAAAUUUCCAGAGAGAGCUAAAUUCAUCGGAAACAGAGCUUCAGAAGCAGCGUGAAGAAGUACGAAGAUUAAAAGAGGAACAAAGAAAAAUAGCGCAAGACUCAGAACGAGGCGCAAAAUCUGUCAUUGAAAACAGAGAUAGAGAGAUUGCGAAGCUUCAACAACAAGUUCAGUCUGUUUCCAAAGAAAAAGACGCUUUCAGGCAAAGAGCAGAAAGAGCAGAAAAAGAUGCACAGAGAGUUGGUGAAAUUGAGAAAUGGAAGGCUGUUGUCGAACAAGAAAAAACUAAAGCCAUUGCAGCAGAAAAAGCGUUGUCAGAAUGUCAACAGCGCUUACAAUCUUUGGAGAAACAAUUCCAGGCGCAACAUCAUCAAUUGCAGCAGCUUCAAGCUCGAGGACCGUCCGACGUGCGUGAAGUUCAAAAGCAACUUGAAGCAGCUCAAGCAGAGUCGCGGUCCCUUGCCGUGGAGAGGGAGCGUUGCCAGUCGCAGCUCGAGAUGCUCGUUCAGGAAUUGGAAAAGAGCCAGCUCGAUCUCCGAGAAGCGAACAAGAAACUCCAAGCAGCUGGCAAUCAGAACGCCAAAGCUGGGGAAGAUACCGCUCAAGCUAGAAAACAACUGCAAGAAGAAUUUAAGAAGUUAGAAGACGCGAGAAAACAAUUUGAAGAGAAUAGAAGAAUGGUUGAAAAUAAACGAAAAGACGUGGAGGAGAAGGAGAAAUCACUGACGGAAUUAGAUCGACAGUUAAAGAAACGGAAAGAGCAAAUGGACCAAAUGGAAGCAUCUUUGAGGAAGGCUGGCGGCAGCGCGGCAGCAGUUACAGAUAUGAAUCGCAAACUAGGUGAGACACAGAAGGAAGCUGAUCAACUGAAGCAGCAGCUGAAGACCAGCGAGGAAGAGUCGAAGCGACUUGCAGCGGAGACGGAGCGGCUGCUGCAGCUGGUGCAGAUGUCGCAGGAGGAACAGGCUCAGAAGGAGAAGCAGAUAAUGGAUUUGCAACAAUCUGUGCGAAACCUUCAAGCCAAACUGAAAAGUCAGCAACAAGCACAAGCACAAAGAGAAGAGGAAAUAACGCGAGCGAGACAGAGCGAAAUCGCAGCUAUCAGUGACUUAACAAACACAUUGAAAGAAAGAGAUAAGCUUAAAACUAAGCUGGAAGAAUGUAGGAUGAGAGUUAUAGAUUUAGAAAUAGAACUUAAUGAAUCUUCGCUUAUACUAUCCGAAAUACUUAAAAUAUCAGACAGCCAAGAGCUUAAUAGCAUAAAGAAAAGCAAAAGUUUUUUCGAAUUACAAAAAAGCGGUAAGGUAGUGGAUAGGCUAGACAAGGGUACGCUAAGCAGGAGCUACAACGACUUGAUGAAUAUAAAUAGAGACGAUAAUAUUCAAACGAAUAUAUAUAAACUGACGAGAAAGAUAGCCAACCUGACGAAAGAAAUCGAAGUAAAAAAUGCGAAAAUUAUUGAACAACAAAGAUGUAUAUCAAUUUUAGAAGAUGCAUUGAGAGAAAAUAAUAAUAUAACGGAAUUCGAACAACUAUUGGCCGUAGUCAGAAGCAAAGACGAGAGAAUAAAUGAGUUAGAACAGAUACUAAACAAACGACCAGGUGCAAUGUGUACCGUGUAUAACGACAAACGGAUAUUGGAAUUAGAAGACGCUCUUAAAGAAUCAUUUUUGAUAGCAGCGGAGAGAGAAAAGGUUUUCUAUGAAGAAGAACAGAAGAGAAUCGAAACAUUGCAGAAGAUGAAGAAGAUGGAGCAACGAGUCCUAUCGUUACAGAAUGCUUCGAUAAUGAAUUGUGAAACGUGUUCGACGGUGCUGAGGAGGCUGAAGCGACUUGAAGAAACUUAUCAACGUUGCCGAGCGAAGAGGCAAGCAAUAUUGCGGCAUUUAUCCUAUGUUAUACAAGACUUAUUGGAGGGAGCAAUCAGUGAAAAGGACUCUCAAAUAGCCGAGCUUGAAGUGAAAGGUGUCCUUCAUGAAAAUGAGACAAAAGCAUGCGAUGUACUUAAGGACGAAAAAGAAAAACUGCUCAAUAGACUUAAGAUUGAGAAUGAACGAAUAGUGGAGUUUGAAAGAGAAUCGAGCGAGCCAGAACAAGAUGAAGGUACUCAACCAGUGUUGACGCUCGCUGACGACCUCAUAGCCGCCUGCGAAGAUAAUGUAAUAGUUUGGGGAGAGGACAUACCAGCAACUAUACUGUGACGUCACAAAGCUAAGUCUUAUCGUAAAUAUGUUGUGGCCUAGCAUCCAUCGCACCUCACCAUCACGCUACCUUACCAUCAUUGCUUAUCACUCCAGCCUUACCGCCCAAAAACAAAAAAAAAAACCCGCUUGCCAUUUCUGAACGCGUUCAAAAAUCGCGCCCUACGACCUAAGAGGUUUUGUAAAUAAAGAUUUUUUUUUUUAAUUUUUUUAUAAUUAUCAUUUCAAGGUCUCCAAUUUGACGUACCUACGUAAGUGUAUAUUUUUUAAACAGUUUCGAUUGAUAUGGAACCAAAUUAUUCAUAUACCUAUUUUAUUAUCUAUAGUUAACCAAUUGUUAAUGAAAAAAAAUGUAUACCUAUAGAGCAAUAAUUUAAACUUCUAGAAGAAAUUCACACUCAGUGUCUAUUUUUAUCUUAAUACUAGUCAAAUUUAUCAACGUUUUACUGCUAUAUAUUAUUUAACCUACAUUGUUAAAGGAUUAUUGCUUUAAUAUAUAUAAAUAUAUAAGUUAUUGUUUUAUUGGGUAAUAUGGUAUAACCUAUGCUCACUUCCUUCCAUGAUAAUUACCUAAUUGUUACCUAAUUCUGAACUUUAAUAUUUAGACUCAAGCCCUAUGUUAACACGAUUGAUUCAGCUACAAAGCUUAGCUAAAUUAUCUAGAAAUCACGUUUAUGUUUAGUAUCGAAUUAUUAAAUUGCAAAUAAUUAAUUAGUACGUUUGAAUAGAUUUUUGUAAUACUUUUACAUAUCAAGCACAAAGUAUAAUGAAGCCUCCGAAACAAACAGACGGCAUAUCAUUAAUUUACAAUUAGCUUCAUAUAGGAAAUGCUAUUGGUGUUAAGUACGCCUGUACAAUGUCAACAUAAGCACUGCCUUACAUUCUAAGGAUUAAUUGACGUUUUCAUUAUAAUAUAAAUCGAGCGAACGUUUGCAAGAACCGAAAAGACAUCCGCUCUCGUUGACUGGUCGCGUCGAAGUGAUGUUUUUUGCGGUACAUCAAAGCAAUCUAUCUCCGUUUCGGCAGUUAAAAUUUAAAACUACAGUAUUUUAUAAAUGUAUCGUGAGCUUUUUAUAAACGUAUUUACAACUGUGUCACACUGUUAAUGUAUUACAUUUGUGGUGCAAUAUCGGCAUAUUAAAAAAUCCAAUUUGUGAACGAUUUCAAUACAACUGAAUAAUUUAGCCUAAUCAUAUUUGACUCCUAAUAAUGUAUAAUUAAUUUUUGAUUGCUGUUUUAGGCAAAGCUUUAAUGCCACGAUCCGUAUUUCAUGAAUUGGAUUUUAUUUGCCGAUUCUUAAUAAAACAUCGAGUGAUCUCAAAAUUCGCUGUUUUAAUAUUUGUAAGGACUAUGGCCACUUUCAAAGAAAAACGCCAUUAUCGUAAUUCUGUUUUUGACGUAUAGUUUUUUUUUUUAAUAAUUAACUUUGUAUAAUUUCACAUGUAUUAUGUCCGGUUAUCAGUUUUGGGUCCAAAAUGGCCAUUGUCCUUUAGCGGUUAAGCUGUCAAUUUAACUUCGACAUUUGCGAUUGUGUUUAUGAGUGGAUUGUGAAAAAAAAAUGAUUUUUGGAGUUGGCAAACCGGCUUUUUAUACUCGAUACAUGUCGCUGAACGUAGUAUGUAUUUAUGGUAGGUUGGGCAUAGACAAGCUGCAAUGUUCCGUUGAUAUUCGAAAUUCAAAUUUGUUAAAAGUUCGAUAUCUGUUCAUUUAUCUGUUUUGAUCAAGGACAGAACUUUGCAGCUUAAUUUUUGUAUCGAAUCAAAGUGUGUAGAGAUUGUACGAUCACAAUAAUUAUGGUAUUAUAUAAUAUUAGUUACUUGUUACAUAUUAUUAUAAUGAUAUUAAGCCGUGGGUCGCUGUUUCCCACGUUGUAUUGACGAAACUAUGCUAAAAAUAUAAGAAUACAUGUUCUUUGAAAAUAUAAUAUCUUCAUAUAAUACA